GCUAGCAGCGAAAGCAAUCGUUCGUUGCGUUUCGUGUUUGUGGAAGAAUGGAACAAUCAGACAGGAUGGACGAACUUUGACAGAACUUUUGACUCUAAAAUUUCCUGUGAUCAAAACAUCAAAUCAAAAAUGUUUAACGUAAGAGGAAGUAGAACAGUCACAGAGGAAGAAAGUGGGAUGGACUUGUCAUCAAAGAGAGCCAGUUAUUUAGAAAGGCGAGCCCGUUUGCUGAGCGACGUGUCUGUGUCCAGUUCUAGUUCACACAGCUCCGAACCCGACCCGGACAGCUUAGCGGGGAUGAGACUCCGAGGAAGCCCCGUGCCUUCACCGGGCGGUCCCCGCAAUGGCACGCGGGGACAGGCCGGCCCGAGUAACGGCGUGGAUUUUGCUGAUGAGUGGAGCACAAAAGGGGUGGCAAAAACGUGUGAGUAUGUAGGAUCGUUCUCAGUGGCUCACCUACAGCCGAAUAAUAGAGCAGAGUUUGUACGGCUUCAGUUACAGUCCCUCCAGGAUCCCAAGAGGUCUCGUCCAGUGGCACUGUUCAUUUCCCUGGCAGGAAUCAAGGUGUUUGAUCCUGACAACCAACAGGUGACCCUAAUGGCCCACGCCCUGAAGCGAAUCUCCUACGCAACCUGCGAUCCAGAGUUUUGCCAGUUUGCCUUUCUCUCUCGAAACCCUAGAGGGCCUGUUGGGGUGCAGUACUGCCACGUAUUUAUCACAAGGGAACAGCACGAGGCAGAGGAGAUAAAUGCCAUUGUGGGUAAGGCGUUUAAAGUUGCCUACGCUAGCCUCCGCAGUAAGAAACAAUUCUUUGAGCUAAUGGAGGAGCUGAACCGUGAACAGGAAGAAUACUUCGCUCAGAUCACGCGGCAGCAGAACACAGCAGCGGUUGUUGAAGACUGGAUGGAUGGUGACAUCAACAGGGAAAGAGUGCUCUCUGUUGGCCAAGGACGAGUCUGGGCAAAACAGGUAGCUGGUCGCAUUCAGCACAAACAGCCCCAUAUCAUCGCAGCAAUAGACCCCGCCCUCCAGGUUGUAACUCCACCCUCAAAUCGAUGUAAAACGCCAAGCCCGCCCAACUCUAACCAUCAAAGUCAGGCAAGCUUAAUGAAUAAUUCAUCACCCGAUAUCAGUCCGAAAGGCGGGUCAGCCAAUCAGAACGUCCGUUUCAGCAGCGGUCUGUCAGGGGAAACUGCCGAGGAAUUUGAGUGGUUGACCGAGGAAGAUAUUGAAGAGGCGCGGCCUCAUCCUUCAGCCUCGUCCUUACAAGAAGUUUCUGUUAAGCAAACACAACGGACCAUCGCUCUUCCCCCGGCGCCUUACUACGAAGUAGAGCUUCGUAACGCUUGGCCAGACCGCUCCAUCGCCAAUCCCGCCCCGAACUUCAUCAUCCACGAGCAGAAGACCCAACUGGUCCUGCAGAGUGACCAGUCCGCGUCGUCCUCAAGAACCAACAUGGCUCUCACCGAGACCCACCGCGUCCACACCCCAGGGCAGAUCCUACUACAGGAUUCCACGGUCCCUCCACCCUUCAACUACAAGCCAAAGGAGGACGGGGACUGCUAUGGAUAUGGUAACGGGUAUUCGGAUAUGGACAGGAGACUGAGUGACUACACUGAUAGGGAUUCUUUUGAUUAUGACCGUAGCUACGCCAUCUUAGAACAAUUCAUUAAUGCAACGUGCGAUAUCUCAGUGCUGGACCCGAACCUAAGAGUAUCUCCUGUCUCUAGGGAGUUCAGUGACAGACCAUUUUCAAACAUUCAAUGCGAAGAAGAUGCCGACUCUUUUUAUACCAGGACUCAAAUGCUCGAUGCAAUCCGGACAAAUAAUAACCUCCAUAAGGCGCAGCAGAGUGAGAAAAACGCAAAUAUCCCAGUACGAGAGUGCGAGAGUAGACCUCAACCAGCCCCAAGGAAAGGUAUGCCCCCGGUUGACAGGCCCUCUGAAGUGCAAUGUCAAAGGUCAUCAUCACCGCCAACGAAUCAAGGUCAAAGGUUAAGCAGGCAUACAAGCCAGGAGGACCACACGUCACAUAUGAACGGUCAAGCUAUGAAUAUUAAUCAAAAUGCAAAUGAGGAACCAAGUCGGGAAAAACCCACACCAGCUCCGAGGAAGUUGAAAGGCCCCGCCCCUCCAAUUCCAGUCGAGGCAAAAAAAGUAACAAACAUUGACCAAUCAAGUGAGAAGAACAAUUUGAAGCGGUCAGCAUCGUCGGCAUCAGCAGCCAAUAGCGGGGCUGCAUCGGGUCGGGUGCUUGAAGCCCCGAAGUCACUAGACAUUGCCAGUGCAGCGGCUGAAGGUCAGAGGAUGCUUAAAAGUUUCUCAUCUGUUACAAGUCAAGACAGUUUCAAGAAGUCGGGAGGAAGGUCCCCUGGUCAUAUAGGCCACAAGGUCGAGGUGGAGAUUGGAAAGUUCCGCUGCAAGAAAGUGACAAACAAUGGUGUAGCUCCGCCUUUACCACCAAGGUCAACAUCCCUUAUAGAGAAUGGAAUAUCCCAAGAUGGCAGCAGUUUCCAUGGCAACCCCCUACCAUACAGAGAUAUUACAGAGGCCCCAUGGUUUAAGGCAGGUGUGCCAAGAGAGAUUGCCGUGGAGAUUCUGCAGCAAGAAGAAAAAGGAGCCUUCAUUGUCCGAGAAAGUAAGAGUCACCCAGGAUGCUUUGCUCUCUCCAUAAAGGUUGAUCUCAACUUCAACGAGAGUGGAAUCGCAAACUACUUAGUUGUACGAACCAAAAAUGGUGGCUACACAAUCAAGGGUUUCGGACGUGAUUUUGCUGACUUGCCCCGACUCGUCCACCACUACUCUUUUUACCAAGAGCAACUUCCCUGCAAAUUGGUUCUGUCUCGCUGCAAUCCCCUCUUCAGACAAGACGAAGAGGAAGGGGACGAGGAAGGAGGCGGGGACCUAGACUUCACCAGCAUGACAGACUUCAAACCGGUUAUGGAUGGUAUGAAGUAGAUUGAACCACUUUGAACUGGUUCGUCGGACGAGGACAUGGUCUGCUGAGUCGGCAUUGCAUUUCAACUGCUUUCGGCUGGUUUGAUGCGGAACUAAUUUGUCUGAACUAGUUUUUUUUUUGCAGUUAAAACUUGUUUCGUGUUGAGAGAAUUGACUCGGCUGCUGAUUCAAUAUGCAAUUACAAAGCUGUCAGAACUGGUUGAUUUAAUCUUGGUACAGUUUGGUUUGAAAUUUUCUUGGCCAGUUCCAGUUGUUAGUUUAGUUCUGCAAAUUGAAACUGGUUAAGGGGUUUUUAGGAAGUAAUCAAUCUGCCCAUGGUUGGGUUUAAGUGCAACCAAAUAUUUUGUAAAAGGUAAGAAUCAUGACUGCCAUUCUGUUUGGAAAGUUCUUGAGCGAGCGCAUUAAGUUUAUAGGCCGCAAGCCUGAUUAAAGUGUGCCAUACACUGCCACAAUCGACCAAUACACGGGCGUGGCGAGAUCAGUGGCCCGGGGAACAAUGUUGUUGAAGAGGUAACUUUAAAAAAAUCAAUGUAGCUUAAACCAUUGCUUAUUAAUGAAUGACUCCUCAGUUUGACCAAAAGAACCAGUUGAAACUGGAAUAAACCAGUUUGAACUGGAAGAAGCCACUUUAACACUGUACGGCCUUCUAUUGUCACAACAAUGCCCUGCUUGCAAUACGUGUAACUUUUUGUAUGUGUGCUUUUUGUAUUUAUGUGGAUUACGUUUAUUAUUUAUUAUAUGAUCUUAUGCUAGUUUGUAACAUCCAGAAACUUAGAAAUUUUUGCACAUUUUGAGAUUGCAAUCGACAUUACAGGGUAAAACAAUUAUAUUAUGCUAUUUGUUGAACACCUCGGCCCAAUUUCAUAGAGCUGCUUUAAGCAUACAAAGUUGCUGAGCACAUCAAAGUUGUGCUUAGCAGAUCAAGAUUACCAGCUUAAGUACCAUUUCACAUGUAUAAAAUGUAACUGGUAUGCUGCUUAAUUGUGCUUAGCAGAAAAAUGUUAAGCAAUAUUUUCUGCUACAGCAGCACUAUGAAAUUGGGCAGGGGAGGGGAUUGUAAGCAGCAAAAUGUGUAUGUGCUUAAAUUUGGUCUGCUUUAUAUGAGAAAUAACCAUGAUCUUGUUUGCAAUGAAGUCACAGAUCUUUAUAGAAAUCAUUUAUAUGCAUGAACAAAAAGAGACCCACCAUUAUAGCAAAUUUUAACCCCUUAGAAGCCUUAUGGGUUUUCAGGCAUGUUUUCGAACCUACCAUUGUUUUGACAACUUUGUAUAUCAUCCUUUUCUACAACUUCAAUCUGUGCCAAAACAUUAACCACCCCACUAUACCAUCGCAUUAAUAAAUAAUAAAAAAAACCUCCAGACUUUAAUGUAUCUAUAGAAUUUCCUGUAUUCCACUUCCAUUUCUAUAUGUCUUGGAGAUUUCUUAAGCCAAACUUGCCUUAAAACAAAGCAAUUUUCAACCAAAUUUCUAAAAGACUUUGCCACAUUCUUAAACUUUCCCCCCUUUUUUGCCAAAGACAUUAAGUUGCAUUUCAACAGUGGCUGUAUUUAUUAUUGGGCUGGCCCAAGCAACUCACUGCAGGAUACAAACAAAGUUUGUUGUUGUUUUGUAUACAAAAGUUUCACCUGUAGCGGAAACAAUAAACAUUAAACCUGAAGAGCACUAUACUGUAAGGAUUUUUCCUGAUACAGGAUUGUUCACCGAUCUCCCCGCACCUUCUUUGAUAUAUCAUGUUAUAAGCAGUGAAUAUUGAUUGCUUCACAGUUUGAUUUUUCUCAGCAAACAUCGCAAGGGAACUAGGCACUAGCAAUGUUCAUCACAUAAUAUUGUGGCUGGUAACCUGCUUCCACUCAGCAAACUUAAGUAUGCUUAGCAAAUUUUUAUGAUUAAAAGUGGGCCCUUAAAACAAAUAUCAGGAUAUGUUUUAUUGUUGAGUUAAACCAUUAUUUAAGUUUUAAAGAUGACACACAGCUUCAAUUUGUGUUAAUUGUUUAUUUGCAUACAGGUUUGUUAGUUUUCCAGCUUCAUAUCAAACGCAUUGAUAAAAUCAAUAAAAGUUUAAGUAUCAAUAAGUUGCCCCAUUGCUUAUACAAAAUGAUUGUCUAUAAAACAGUAUUUAUUGCCACGUAAGGACUUCUAUCUUGUUUUAUUUAUUUUAUA